UUGUGCCCCCGCAAAAUAAGUGGCAGACAGACAGCGCGAUAGUGCGAAAGUCGGCCGAUUAUACACAUGUCGGUACAAUAGUAAUUCUCAACGAAGCAGUAAAUAAUCAGCCCCGGUCGUGUUAGUGAUAAGAACAAGUUCCACAAUACCAAAAGAAAAUCGGCUUAUUUGGACUAUUUAAAGAGCAUUCUCUUAACCAUGCAGCCAGUUCUGGAAGUGAGCAUCUACACGCUGCUGAAGAUGGCGUUCAUUUGGCAGCUGAUCUCGGCGGCCAUCUACCUCGUAGGACUGCUCACCGUCGGUGUGUUCCUGUACGACAACCUGAAGUCCUUGGUCAGCAUAAUCAAGGCCGUUUUGGAACCCUACUUCCAGCCACACUUGCCAAAAACAUUGGUGGAUAAGUUCGGACAGUGGGCAGUGGUGACUGGAGCCACCGAUGGCAUUGGCAAGGAGUACGCCAGGGAGCUGGCUCGCCAGGGUAUCAACCUGGUGCUCAUCUCGCGGACGAAGGAGAAGCUUAUUGCGGUGACCAAUGAGAUAGAGAGCCAGUACAAAGUGAAGACCAAGUGGAUUGCAGCGGAUUUCGCCAAGGGACGCGAGGUUUACGAUCAUAUCGAAAAGGAACUGGCGGGCAUAGACGUUGGCAUUUUGGUGAACAACGUGGGCAUGAUGUAUGAGCACCCGGAGAGCCUUGACCUGGUGUCAGAGGAUCUUCUUUGGAACCUUCUCACCGUCAACAUGGGAUCGGUUACCAUGCUCACCCGCAAGAUUCUGCCCCAGAUGAUUGGCCGCCGAAAGGGAGCCAUUGUUAACCUGGGAUCGUCCUCCGAACUCCAGCCACUGCCCAACAUGACCGUCUAUGCUGCGAGCAAGAAGUUUGUCACCUACUUCUCCAAAGCCCUGGAACUGGAGGUGGCGGAGCACAAUAUCCACGUGCAGCUGGUGAUGCCCAACUUUGUGGUGACCAAAAUGAAUGCCUACGCCGAUCGGGUAAUGCAGGGAGGUCUGUUUUUCCCGAACGCGUACACUUUUGCCCGGUCCGCCGUAUUUACACUGGGAAAAACGAGCGAGACCAACGGUUUCUGGACCCAUGGCAUUCAGUAUGCCUUUAUGAAACUGGCUCCCCUGCCGAUCCGCACAUACUUGGGACACCAACUGUUCAAACGACUGAGAAUCGAGGCCCUCGAGCAAAAGCAAAAGAAACUGAAGCUUACUUAAGUCACUUAAGCUAGGUUAGGAGUCAUGUAAAUAUUUGGUUCUUAGUCAUAAGGCUUAAACUAUUAACUAGAAAAAAAAAACA